CAAGUUGUCCAGUGAAUUUAUCAGGUUGUGUGUAUUUCGAUUGGCGGUAAUUAUAUCCUCCGCCUGUGUUUCAUAUGUCUCAGUACUUCCAAGAUAAGCUGUCUUUUCUACUCAUGAGCACUUUAUUGGAAUAGGCAUAUAAACAACCGCGAAUGAUAAUAAGGAGAUAUUAUGUUUCAGUCCAUCCAUACCACAGGUCUGUGAAAUGAAGUUAUCUGACCUCAUUAGAAUGAUCCUGCUCACAUCUUCUAAGAACACCCUCGCUCUAUAGAAACAGUGAGUAGAUAUUCUAGAUAAAGGCUGUUAAUUCAUGGUCACAGAGAAGUGUGGUCAGUCGUUUUAGCGGCUAAAUGUUAACAAUGUCUAACUUAGAUAUUAGUGAGCUUGGUAUAUCGAAGAACUUACUCCAAAUGAAUUUUAUGCGACGAACCCUCGUCGCCAAGGAGAAAGCUACUAAUCAAGGUGUCCCAGACAUCCUUCCUAAUUCACAAGAGUAUGGAUUCAAACUUCCUUCUUCUGUAGAAAAACGUAUCAACAAAAGAGCAACCAUCCUUAAGUCGAAAUAUCGUUAUCAGUUUGUUAAAAGUAUUUUUAAACUCUACAAUGUAUCACCUGGGUUUCGAGAAAGUUUCAGUGGCUUUAAUUCUCCUACUAACGCCGACGCCAUUCCUAAAUCUGAGGUUAACAACUCACCCGAUUCUCGUUUGCCCAAUCGGGACAACUCUGUUUGUGAAUAUUCGCAAUCAUUUGAUGGCCGAGCAUCAAAAACAAGUAUCCGUUUCAGAAAAUUUGAAGGUAAUUCUUGUAAAUGGUUCGUCUCAACAUGCUAUACACUGAUUUACCAAACAUUUAGGCCAAAGUUAUAUGAAUGGUCCAAUGUUUUCAUUUUAUUUCUGUCUAUUUUUUUGGAAGUGGAACUCUUCAUUUUAUUCCAUAUGAUGAAAUAUAUUUUUUAUCAUAUUAGCAUCCGUUAACAUACCACAACCACAGUCUAAGUGAUCAUACAAUUCAAUAGCUAAAAAAGUUAGCGGCUGUUUAUGAAUAAUGACCUAACUGCAAAACAAUAACGGGUUAUAUCAGUAUAACAAUUUUGGAUGUAAUGAAAAUUAACCAUGAUUCUGAAACUUUCGAAAGUAACUUUCUUCAUACAUUCAAACUAGAAAGUGUGGAAUAGUUUGAGAGUUCUUCGUGGCACCACAUCCCCAAUAACAUAAGUUCAAAUAUCAACCUCCAAGUUAUGUGACGAUCGAACUGUUGUCGAUUUCAUGGGUUAGAGUAGUCCAUUUAUUCGUUCAACAAAUUCGACGGAGCUGCUUAAAUGAGCUCUUUCUUGUCUAUUUACACUAAGAGUAUCAUCACUAGCUCUUAUACAUAAGUACGAUUGGCUCAUUAAUCUUUGCCUGAUCACUGAUUUACAUGACAUUUUAUGACACAGUUGAACGUGCUUGUCAAAGGCUUCAAACAUGUGUGUAUUUAAAGUCGCUAUGGUAAAAAAGGUGGUCUAUCCCCGAUUUUAGCUCUUACUAGGGCUAUUUGAAGAAUAUCAUGGGGUACUAUUGUUUAAUAAAUUCAAGAUUUUUGGGCUUGUUAUCGAGUUUUUACAACUAACAGUAUUUAUAAGUCGAAAAUAUCUUCAAUUUAUUAAAUUCCUGUAUCAUUAAUGAUCUUUAUGUUUUCUUUUUAUCUCAGAACGCAAACCAUCGAAGUUUAAAAACCCAAAACAUCGAAGAGGAAAAAAGAAAAAGCUGUAAUUGAAAAUUAUUUACCUUAUGUACGAAAGUAUUCAAAUAGUUUUGUGUUUUGUUCUAAUAUCCUUUUUUUUAAUUAGUCGGUCACUCAGUUGCAACGUAGAAUCCGGUACUUAUGCACAUCGGUUCAGGUUGCCAUACUCUGUUAGCAUGAAGAGAUGAAGUUGUUAGGCGUAAUAUCUCAGUGUACUAGAAGUAGUAACAGUAUGAGUGGUGAUAGAAAAGAUUAGGCAUCAAAGAUACAAUUCAAUAAGAUAUACAUAGGUGAAAUAAACACAAAAAAAUUAUGAAGGGUUCAAAAGCUUAGAAUUUGGGGUAAGACAAAGAAUGGAUACACCUUCGCCUUGUUAAAUGAUCUUGACCCAUUCCGUCCAAAGUCCCCAAUCACUCAGCCGCAACGUAGGACCGGGCACAUGUAUGCAUCGGUCCAAGUUGCCACACCUCAUAAGCAUAACAAGAUGAACAGCGGAUUCAUAGACGUAGUUACUUCAACAGUAGUAAUAUAUAAAAGAAAGAAUGUGUAUAGGGAUAUAGUACCGGAAGAAAGAGUUAUUUCGUAGAAAUAAAGGUAUAAAACAAUUUUAAUUCCACGGUUGAACGGCAGACUAAGAGUGUAUACGCCUACGCUAUUGUGAUCGUUUCUAAGUCGUGUCACCCAGAUUCUCCAACCAUUGGUAACAAUAUUCAUGCGGAUCUAAACCAGGUAGUCUGCACUUAUUAACGUGACGCAAUCCAAUUGUCAGUGACCUCAUGGACUGAUGCCAUGUUCUGGUUUGGCUGUCCUUAGCUUUCUUCCAGCCUACUUUAUUUGUAAUGACGAAGACAUUUUGUAGAUAGUCACAAUACACCAUUCUCCUUAAUCACAUACCGGGACGUACGAAUAGGUCUCACUAAAUAUUUACAUACUAAG